GGAAGGCGCGAAUAUUGACAUUUAUGUUGACGAUUUUGUUUUGCAAUCCGCACUCGUAUUAUACUUUAUUUUAUUUUAUGAGUAAAAUUGACUAAAAUAUGCUGUAAAUCUAUUUUAUCUACAAUCAUGGGUAUUACGGGUUUAUUAUCGUUGGUAGAAAAGGCCUCGAGGCCGGCUAAUAUUAAUGAAUUUAGUGGUUGUACAGUGGCUAUUGAUUCUUAUUGUUGGCUUCAUAAAGGCACAUAUUCUUGUGCUGAUAAAUUAAUCCGAGGAGAGCAAACUGAUAUGCACAUAAGAUACUGUAUGAAAUAUGUGACAAUGCUGUUAUCGAAUAAUAUUAAACCUAUACUAGUAUUUGAUGGGAGACAUCUCCCUGCUAAAGCUAUGACAGAAUCUAAGAGAAGAGAAUCUCGUGACACAUCAAAGAAAAGAGCAGCUGAACUUUUGAAGCUUGGGCAGACUGAAGAAGCUCGUAAAUAUAUGAGGCGUGGUGUGGACAUCACACACUCUAUGGCACUGAGUCUCAUCCAAGAGUGCAGGAAACGCAAUGUAGACUGUAUAGUGGCACCGUAUGAGGCUGAUGCACAACUAGCAUACUUGAAUAUCAAGAAUAUAGCGCACAUAGUCAUUACUGAAGACUCUGAUCUCAUUUUGUUUGGGUGUACUAAGAUAUUUUUUAAAAUGUCCACGGAAGGUGCGGGUAUACUAGUAGACACAGCAAAGCUACCUCUUGUAAUGAAUUGUCCAAUAGAGAGAUAUUCCUUUGACAAGUUCAGGCAAAUGUGCAUUAUGUCUGGCUGUGACUAUCUGGCAUCCCUGCCAGGCAUCGGGCUAGCGAAAGCGAAGAAGUUUGUCAGUGCUACACAGGAUCCUAAUUUUGCUAAUGCACUUAAAAAACUGCCAAGCUUCUUUAAUAAGUCUACCUUGGUGGUGUCUGAUGACUACAGGGAAAGUUUUCUGAAGGCGGAAGCUACGUUCAAACAUCAGUAUGUUUACGAUCCCCUUGAACGGAAGAUGGUGAGACUGACUGAGCCUGAUGAUGAAGAAAUCGAACAGGCAUUUUGUGGGAAUGCUGGUGAACUGUUGGAUCCUAAAAUAGCAUUCGAAUUGGCACUAGGAAACCUGGAUCCCUUCACAUUGAAGAAAAUGGAUGACUGGCAUCCAGAUUACAGUAUGAAUAAGAAUGAACCAGUAAAAACGAAUAACUGGCAAGAGAAAGGAGUAUCUUCACAUCCAAGUAUCUGGAGCAAAGAGUUCCAACGAUACCUUGACGAAUCUCAACCUUGGCGGAAGAAGGAGAAGAAACCGGAGUCUAUAUUACCUGGUGUGAUCAGUAGGCCGAGGAAAGUUGUCAAUCUAGUCAGUAAAUACGUUCCUGAAACGCAGGAUGAAAGUUUAUCAACAGAAACACUAAGAAAUAUGUAUUGUACAGAACCAGCUGCGAAAAAGCAGAAAAUUGACUGUGAUAAUGAACUUAGCGAAACCUUUACACAAAGUACUGAAGAUCAACACAAUAGACCAAUCAACGAAGACGAAAGUUCAGAUCAAUUUAGUAUACGAAAUGACAAAUCACCAAUACUAGAAAAUAAAGAGAGAUCUUUCAAAAAAUUCUUGAAAACUGAUCAAAAUUCAGUGCUAAAGAAGCUCAGUAGAUUUCCUCGAACAGUCUUAGACAAUAAUGUAGUACAAAGUAAAUUCUUCCCUUCCAAUCAAGAGGUUUCAUCCAAUGACGGUAACAUAUCUAAAGAAAGUAUUACUAUAGAGGAAUCUCCGGAGCAUUCUAGUAGGAAUCCAUUUAAGAAACGCACUAAAAUGAGCGAUGAAGAUUCUCAGAAGGAGAAUUUUGAGUGUAAUACUAGCCCUGUUAGGUCUAGUAGUCCUAUUUUGGAACCUAGUCCGAAAUGCAGAAAGAAUAUUAUUGUUGAUGUUGUUUUGGAUGAACAGGUUGUCGAUAGUGUAGGUAGUGAGGACUCUGUGAUUGAUAAUACUUAUCCUAUGGAGACUUUGGUUACACCUACCGCAUCGCAGUCAUCAUACGGUGCUUCUCAACCGCAAUCGCAGCCCAUAUUUGGCAGCCAAUCAAAUAAGCUGGGAAACUUGAAAGGUAUCAAAAAGACUGCGCCCAAAGUGAACGGGGUUAAGAAAUCGCCGCCUCUACCUAAAAAUCAACCAACUUUGUUGAGCAAAUUUGGAUUUCAGAGAAAGCCUGCUUUGAAAAGGUGAUGCCGUGAUGGCGAAUUAUUGUGAUAAUCUACAUGAAUAGUGUAGAUAUAAUAUUGUUAUUUUAAGUUUAAGCAUUUGAAAUGUGCAUCUAAUUUAUUGAUAAUGUUACUUGACUGAAUAUUAUGUUUUAUAUAAUCGAGAUCGCAGCUACGCGGCAAUACUGUUGACUGUAAUUAUGUUUAUAAUUUGUUUUAAGUGAUAAUAAAUGUUUUUGGGUCAAUGUCCAAAACGGGCGCACUCGUAUGCGCCCCUCAGAUAUAGAUAUUUAAUUUAAUUAACUAAUUAACAAUUUAAAAUAACAAUAAUAUACAAUUUGGCAAUAGGCUAACCACCUAUUACAUGGGACUUACAACAUAAAUUGUGAAAAGUGGGUGUACAUUAUACAGUGGCAUUACGUGCCAUAAUGUGCCUCUGUCUAUCCCUUCGGGGUUUAAAGGCGUGACGAUAAGUAUGUAUGUACUAUUUGAAUAUUAUUAUUCCCAAUGAGAUACAUAACCACCAUUAAACAUCUGAAAAGCGCCAGAGCGAUCACACGAUU